UGCGCUUCAUUUAGAGUUUUGUUUCCGGUCGACGACUUGGCGAGAGGCACCAUUAUGUUGCCGUUCUGUGAAGAGGGAGAGGCGUAUUCGGUGGCGUGGGGCCACGGAGGAAUAUCUCGCUGCUUUCUGCAAGUUGUGGGCUCUCUGGUGUGCGCGGGGGUCCUGUUGGUGUCCAGCGCCACUGCAGCCGUCCUGGGGAGAAAACCUGCCUCUCACCCUCAUCGACUACCAUUCUCUUCUUCCUUUCUUCUCACUCCGAGCCUCUCCUUCCUCCUUGUCCUCUCCUCUGCCGCUCAUCUUCUGUUCACUUGGCUGAGGCACUCCUUAUAUGGCUACACCAUUCUCCAGGAUGGUCUAGGGAUUUUGUCCUGGCUGGUUUCCAUGGUAGUAGCGUACAGAGAGCGACUGAGGCUGAUAAAGGGGUGCAGUCAUGGGGUGUGGCUUGUGGUUUACUGGACACUGUCAGGCGUGUGGCAGGCACUGCAGAUCUUAGGUUGGAGCAAUCCUCACUGGUGGUGGGGCCUUCAUUCCAGGACAGACCUCCCCGAACUCAUUCUUUACUGCAUUCAGUCCUUCCUCCUCAUCUCCCUGCUAGCGGUAAGUGUGGUCUGGCCUCUACUGAGACCUUCACGGAAGACCUAUUCCCUGUUGGUGAACUCUGACGCCAUAGAAACAACAAAGCACAAUCAGCGACACACCCAACAACGAGAGGGCAGCUUUGUGCAGAAGAGAACCAAUUCUGCUUUCUCUGACCUGUGGAGCAAAGUGAAGCUGCUCUUUCCAUACGUGUGGCCUCGAGGUCACCCAAAUCUGCAGUUGAGGGUGGCUGUCUGUUUCAUCAUUCUCGUGGCUGUGCGGGUCAUCAACGUGUUUGUCCCAGUCUACUACAAGAAGAUAGUUGAUGGGCUUACGUCCAAUUCCUCUGUCGACAGUGUAGACUCGCAGAUACACAUAGUUGUUCCUCAAACUGGGCUCACCCUUCCUCUUGGUUCAAUCAUCAUCUACGUCCUCCUCCGCUUCAUGCAGGGAGGCUCUGUAGGCUCCAUGGGUCUCGCUAACAACAUCCGCAGCUUCCUGUGGAUUAGAGUCCAGCAGUUUACGAGUCGCAGGCUACAAGUGGACGUCCUCAGCCACCUUCACUCACUCUCUCUCCGCUGGCACCUCGGACGUAAGACGGGAGAGGUCCUGCGAGUGAUGGACAGAGGCACCCAGAGCAUCAACAACAUCCUCAGCUACAUUCUCUUCAACAUUGGUCCCACUCUGGUGGACAUUGGCAUCGCUAUCAUCUUCUUUGUCGUGGCUUUUGACGUGUGGUUUGGACUGAUAGUGUUCACCACUAUGCUGUGCUACAUUCUCUUCACCAUCUCUGUAACCGAAUGGAGAACUAAGUUCCGCAGAGCCAUGAACGAGAGAGACAAUGUAGCUCGUGCCAAGGCUGUUGACUCUCUGCUCAACUUUGAGACUGUCAAAUACUAUGGAGCAGAGGCCUAUGAGGUCAACAGGUUCAACACUGCAAUAGAAGGCUACCAAGAUGCAGAGUGGAAGAGCCUGGCCUCGCUGAAUGUGCUUGGCUCUGGACAAAAUGUUAUCAUCACUAUUGGCCUGCUGUUCGGGGCUCUCCUCUGUGCCUAUCGUGUCACUCAGGGUGUUCUCACUGUUGGAGAUUUCGUUCUGUUCUGCACAUACAUCCUGCAGCUCUAUGCUCCUCUCAACUUCUUCGGCACCUACUACCGGAUGAUUCAGGCUGCCUUUGUAGACAUGGAGAAUAUGUUUGACCUCUUUGAGGUGGAGGCAGAGGUGAAAGACGCCAGCUCUGCCCUGCCUCUCUUCAUUUCUGCUGGCAGACUAGAGUUCAAGAACGUCUACUUCCACUACCUGCCUGAGAAGCCAAUCCUCAGAGAUGUGUCAUUCUGUGUGGAGCCAGGGCAAACGGUGGCUCUAGUGGGUCCCAGUGGAGCUGGCAAGAGCACUAUCAUCCGACUGCUGUUCAGGUUCUAUGACAUUCAGGAUGGUCUCAUCUCCAUCGAUGGCCAGGACAUACAAAGAGUGCAACAGCACUCACUGAGACAGGGGAUUGGUGUGGUCCCCCAGGAUACUGUCCUCUUUAACGACACCAUCCGAUACAACGUUCGCUAUGGCAACACCACGGCAACAGUUUCAGAGGCAGAGAAGGCUGCGGAAUAUGCUGACAUCCACACAAGAAUCCUUGGUUUCCCCAGUCAGUAUCACACAAUGGUUGGAGAAAGGGGGCUGAAGCUGAGUGGUGGGGAGAAACAAAGGGUAGCCAUUGCCCGCACAAUCCUGAAGGCGCCGGCCAUUAUCUUGCUUGACGAGGCCACCUCAGCUCUGGACACCGAGACAGAGAGGCACAUUCAGAGCAGUCUGGACAGAGUGUGUGAGGGGAGGACCACAGUCAUCGUGGCUCAUCGCCUCUCAACCAUCAUCCAUGCUCACCAGAUACUGGUGCUCAAGGAAGGAGAGAUAGUGGAGAGAGGAAGCCACACCCACCUUCUGACUCUCGGAGGAAUGUAUGCUGACAUGUGGGCGGCUCAGCAGAGGAGUCUACAGCAUAGUGAUGAUGAUGUCAUCCUCGAAAGCCAACAAACACUCAAUUUAGAAACAAAUGGUCUCAGGACUGGCGUGCGGGCGCUUAGCAGUGCAGCGCCCACGGCCAAACUGCUGAUUGGAGGGAAGUUUGUGGACUCGAAGACUGACAAAUGGAUCAACAACUACAACCCUGCGACGCUGGAGGUGGUUUCUCGCGUCCCUUGCGCCACCCAGGAGGAGAUGAACGCAGCGGCAGAGGCGGCCCAGAAGGCCUUUUCUGACUGGACUGAGGCCAGUCUGAUGACCAGACAACAAGUCAUGUUCAAACUGCAGGCCAUCAUCAGAGACAACAUGGGAGAGUUGGCGAAGAACAUUACUCUGGAACAAGGGAAGACGCUGGCUGAUGCGGAGGGAGAUGUGAUGAGAGGACUGCAGGUGGUGGAGCAUGCAUGCUCUAUCACAUCCCUCCAUCUCGGGGAAACUCUCUCUUCUGUCACGAAGGACAUGGACACCUACACCUAUCGCGAACCUCUGGGUGUGUGUGCUGGAGUCUGUCCCUUCAACUUCCCCGCUAUGAUCCCACUCUGGAUGUUUCCGCUGGCUACAGUGGUAGGAAACACAUUUAUCCUGAAGCCAAGUGAGCAGGAUCCUGGGGCCUCUCUCAUGCUGGCAGAGAUGGCUCAAGAUGCAGGUCUCCCUGAUGGAGUUCUCAACAUCAUCCAUGGCCAGAAGGAAGCUGUGGACUUUGUAUGUGACCAUCCCUCAAUUCGAGCUAUAUCGUUUGUGGGCUCUGACCGCGUCGGUCAAUAUAUCUAUGAGAGGGGCUCGGGGAAUGGGAAGAGAGUCCAGAGCAACAUGGGAGCAAAGAACCAUGGAGUCAUCCUGCCUGACGCCAACAAGGAACACACCAUCAACCAGUUGGUUGGAGCGGCGUUUGGUGCAGCCGGUCAGCGCUGCAUGGCCCUCUCCACUGCCAUAUUUGUAGGGAAAGCAAAGGAGUGGCUGCCAGAAGUGGUGGAGAAAGCCAAACAACUGAAGGUGAGUGCGGGAAUAGAGGCGGGAGCAGAUCUGGGACCUCUCAUCUCUCCCGACGCCAAAGAGAGAGUGUGUAACCUCGUGCAGAGUGGGGUGGACGAGGGUGCAAAGCUUGCACUUGAUGGAAGGGAUAUCGUGGUGCCUGGCUACGAGAAGGGAAACUUUGUAGGACCAACCGUUCUGACAGACGUCAAACCUCACAUGACCUGCUACACCGAGGAGAUCUUUGGACCUGUCCUGGUUGCUAUGACAGCAGACACACUGGACGAGGCCAUUGACAUCAUCAACAGCAAUCCCUAUGGCAAUGGAACAGCAAUCUUCACCCGGUCAGGGGCAGCUGCACGCAGAUUCCAGUCCAAGAUUGACGUGGGGCAGGUUGGAGUCAAUGUUCCCAUCCCAGUUCCACUUCCCAUGUUCUCAUUCACUGGUUCUCGAGCCUCCUUCAGAGGAGACAUGAACUUCUAUGGGAAACAGACCAAGACCGUCACUAGUCUGUGGAGGGAGGAAGACGUAUCUGACGCCACACCUGCCACUGUCUUCCCCACUCUCAAGUGA